GGCCCUGAUUCUACAAUUCCUCCUCCUCUCUCACACUUGAGAGCUCAGCGUAAUGUGGCUUUUGGUUGCGUGAAGCAGUUGAUUCUGAAAUCACAGUUGCAGGGACCAUUUCGAGUGCCGAUGGAAGAAUUCCAACGAAAUUUAAAGCCCAAACGCAGAUUCAGAGGAAAGCUCUCCAUGGAUGCAAGCCAGAUUGUCAAGGCAAAGAGCACAUCAUCAACAGGAGCAGAUAUUGCGAACGACCACAUCUUAACUGAAAUUUUGAGACGCCUACCCAUAAAAUCACUUUUUCGAUCCAAAUUAGUUUCUAAACACUGGUUUUCUCUCAUCGCCGACGAUCCCCAGUUGUGUUUCCGGCUUAUUCUUGUACCCCUCCCUUGUUGGUUAUACAGACCGGAGUGACUUCAUUAGUCUAAAUGAGCCAGGGCUUGAUUUCCUCUCGCUUUUCAAUGACAAAUCCCCAGCUGAUGAUGCUCUUGAAGUUGGAGUCGGUUACAUCAUGAUUCCAAAUCUAUCAGGCCUAAUAAUUCAAAGUUCAUGCAACGGACUGUUAUGCUGUUCAGGCUACAAUGAGAUCGAUCGGAGAGGCGGCUACCAUGUUAUCAAUCCCACCACCAAGCAAUUUACCACACUUCCCGAUUCCCAUCCGCAUGAUGGCUUUGAUGGCCUCAACUUAGCUUUUGACCCAUCAAGAUCUCCAUUCUACAAAGUGGUAAAAGUAUGGAGCGCUGACGAUAUUCCGUGGACAGACCCUGAUGACUUCCACACCAUUUAUCGGAUUGAGGUGUACUCCUCUGAUUCCCGCUCUUGGAGGACUUCUAGCGAACCCUUCAUCCUCCACGUGCGCAAUAUAGGUUUUAGAGAUGGGGUUUUCUGGAACGGCGCUCUACACUGGUUUUCUAAACGGGGUGACGGAUACUACUUCGAUGUCGAGAAGGAGUGGCUGUGGAGGAUGCCAGCACCACCUGUCCGAGAGGGCAUGACGUGGAACGACAGGAGCCUAAUGCAUCUACUGGUGGCGCGUGGACACCUCUAUGUCCUCGAGAUUUAUGGAUCAGCAGGAUCUCAGUGGGAUGUGUACGAGAUGGAAGCGGACUACUCCGGCUGGUUUGUGAGGUACCACAUCAAUCUGGACCCGGUUGCAGCUGCGUUUCCUAGGAUGGGACAAAUGCUAGCGAGCCGCCGCCAGGACGAGGCCUACUGCGUGCUUUCUCUCGUCCGAGAAGAGAAGGACGAGGAGUCGUUUCUGGUGCUGCACGUUCCUGGGGAGAUCAUACGGUUCAAUCUUGUGGACCAGUCCUUCAGCAUCAUUCAUGAUCUGAGUGUGAAUGAAGCUUCUCUGAGAUACUACAGUGCUUGUCAUUAUAUCGAAUCUUACGCUAAUGUUUGAGUUUGAAAGGAUUUUCCGGCAAAAUCAAGAUUUUCAUCUGCCGAGACCUUGUAACAGAGAACAGAUCGAGGAGCAGCAUUCAUCUGUACAAGGUUAGCUCUCAAGAAUAUAUAUACCGUGGAACGUGCAUUGUCCGUGCAAAGUACAUUUGAUGAAAUUUGUUUGUUUGGUCAAAGAGAAACUGGAAAGCUGCUGCAGUGGGCAGUGGGGCUGCUCUUGCUUCUUCAUUAUUCUUGUUCUCAGUUCAGUUGUCUGUUUACUGUUUUGGAUGUAAUUUGCUUCUUUUACUUUGUCUUUCGUUUAAUUAAUUUGUGGACUUGCUUAUGGUAAAUGAAGCAAACAUUAAACUGUAUCACAGUGCGAGCGUAUGGAUAUGGAUAUGGAAAUCUUUUUUG